UGUGGUCCGGACCGCAGAAUAGACACUGCGGUUAACGCGAUUUGAGUCGAAUCCGAAAGCGUCGAAUUCAAGUCCCAGAGUGCGCCGAACGAGCCGAUCUGCACAAACAGAGCUUGCAAUAUAAUGACAUGUAUGAUGCUCAGCAGCUCUUGUGCCCGAGAGUCCGGCCUGGAUGCACCGCCGACAAAGAUGAACCACCGGCGCUUUCGGGCCUUGCUCAAGAAGCUCAGGAGAAAGAAAAUUCGUCAGAAGGCUGCGCAGGAGAGGGCCCACCUCCUUGAAGUUCACACAGUGGAAGUAGAAGAGGCGGACCAGGAAGAGCAGGAACAGAAAGAACGAGAGAGGCAGCAUGCGCUGUGGCUGGAACGGGAAGCGGAGGCACAACAAAAGUUUGAGCUGCAGCGCCGCCUGGAGCAGGAGCGUGCAGCCUUGCUCGCCGAACGCAGCAACACAGUUAAGGCCACUGAGAGCCUGGAACAAGUGCUGGCACAACUGCCCGAGGCUUCCUCUCUACCACCGACACCUCGGGAGGAGAGUUGGCACAACCCACCGGCUCCCCGAACGUAUGCACCGACUGAGCCAUGCCCCUUCUACCUCAAGACGGGUGCCUGCCGCUUUGGUGACUGGUGCUCGCGGGCACACCCUCGUCCUACUGUGAGCCGCACGUUGCUGCUGCGUGGCCUGUACAGCCACCUUUCUCUGGAGCAGCACCAUGGUGAUGACAGCCUCGAGACGGAUGAGCGGGAGCUGCAGGCACACUUUGAGGCCUUCUUCUGGGACGUGCUCCAAGAACUGCGCCGUGCUGGCACUGUCUGCCAAGUGCGUGUGUGUCGAAACCUUGAGCCUCAUCUGCGUGGGAAUGUGUACGUCCAAUAUUCUAGUGAGGAGGAGGCUCAGCAGGCACUGACUAUGCUCAACGGUCGAUGGUACGCGGGACGCCCAGUCAGCUGCGAGUUCAGCCCUGUCGAUCGUUGGAAAACAGCUGUCUGUGGCUUGUUCUUCCGCCGUGCCUGUCCCAAGGGUCGUGGAUGCAAUUUCUUGCAUGUUUUCCGCAACCCAACAGAUGAAUGCUGGCAUGAGAGCAGGUCCCCACCACCACAGCGUCAACGUUCCCACAGCCCAGGAGCCAAGAAGGCAAAACGAUCCAGGUCGCCACACAGAUCGCAUAAGAGGUCACGUUCCUCGAGAUCAAGGUCAAGAUCAAAGACUAGAAAAAAACGGCGUCGCCACAAAUCUCGUUCCAGGUCCAGAAGCAGGUCAAAAAAAUCACCCACACACUCUUCAAGGUGAAAGCUUUGUUAGGGAUUUCAGCCAGAAGCGCGAAAGGUACAUUCGUCAUUGCACAUUAAGUGCAUUCUUGGUUCUGCUCUGAAGAGUCCUGGAGAUUUGUGUUCAAACAGCUCACUUUGUCUGCCUUCAGACUUAUUCGGAGUUUCUGAUGCAAGCCACUAUUUAAGUUGCCCUAGAAAUGUCUUUUCUGUCAGGUGAAGUCGGAUGGGGUCUGUAUAUACUACUGAAAUGUUCCCUGAAAGCUAUUGUCAGACAGCAGUGAAAUAAACUACCAAAUG